AUGGAGGAGAAGAGAGCUUUGUUGAAGUCACUAAUCUUACUAAUGAUGAUCUCCACUGUUACAAUCGAACAGGCAGCUGCAGAAACCUACUGCCAUGCGCAACGUCACGCGUUAAUUGACGCGUGCAAGAUGUUGUUGUUGAGGCUGUCUCCGAGUGUUGAAUGUUGUCGUAGAAUAAGGUGGACUCCAAUCUGGUGCGUUUGUCCUUCUGUAACACCGCAGAGAGCGGCUCUUAUCGAUGUCAAUUACGCUGUUGGGGUCAUCCGUCAAUGCGGUCGACCCAUAGCUCGCGGUACCAAGUGUGGAAGUGUUACGGUUCCAUGA